UUUUUGGGGGGGGGUGGGUGAAAAAGCUCACAUACACACACCCCUGGAGGAAAAUGGCCGCUGAUUGAUGGAGACUACACGGUGUUGGAUUGGGGAAAGAUGAUGUUCUAAAUAGCAAUCGCCGGUCAUGGAUGAGGAGCCGGCGGUGCGAGUGCGAGCGGUGGUGAUGACCCGCGAUGACUCUAGCGGGGGCUGGGUGCCGCUGGGGGGGCCGGGCCUGAGCUACGUGUCGCUGCUGCCCACCGGCCCCGGCUCCUCCUCGCUCAUCCGCGGCGAGCGGCUCCGCGACCAGGCGGUGAUCCUGGAGUGCCCGCUGACGAGGGAUCUGGUCUACAACAAAGUCAACCCCAUCUUCCACCACUGGAGAGUGGGCGACCACAAGUUCGGCCUCACCUUCCAGAGUCCUGCCGAUGCCGCCACCUUCGAGAGGAGCGUCCACACUGCAGUGGAGGAAACGGCUGAAGGGUCUCUGACCUCCACCUCUCCCUCCUCCAGGAGUCAAGGGGAGACUGAUGCAGCGGAAGGCAAGACUGCGACUCACACGGACAGCGAGUCAUCGCCCAACAGCAGGAAAGGAGAUGAUCCCCAAACAUAUCACCGUGGUGACCAGCGAGUCCUCCCUCCAGCAGCGGCCCCCACCCCUCCCCCCCCGCCCCCCGACCCGACCCUGUGGCUCAGCCUUGGGGAGAGCAGCGCCCACACACACAGGGGCUACGAGGACUACCGGCGCGCGGCGGGGGAGCGUGGGGACCUGUGCGUGCGCUUUGCCAAGGGGCCGGGUGGCGAGGGCAGGGAGGGGAGUGAGGGGGCGGUGGGGCAGGGGGCCGAGGCUGUGGGUGGGAGUGGGGGCCCAUCCUCGCCCUCCCUGGGGACGGACAAGCUGAAGCGGGGGUGGGGAGAGGAGCCGGCUCACUGUGUGUACUGUGGGGACGUGUUUGUGCGCGGGGAGAACGGGCGCGGUCGCUGUCAGGACGCGCCGGACCCUGGCGGCCACUGCGUGCACCGUCUCAGUUGCAUGUGGUGUGCAGAGUCCCUGCUCUACCACUGCAUGUCCGACUCGGAGGGGGACUACUCCGACCCCUGCUCCUGCGAGCCCGCUGGGCGCCCUCUCUGUGCCCGCUGGCUGGCGCUCGCUGCCCUCUCUCUGCUGGCCCCUUGCAUGUGCUGCUACCUCCCGCUGCACGCCUGCCACCGAUGCGGGCUGCACUGGGGCUGCUGCGGAGGGCGGCACAAGGCCACGCGCUGAGCCCCACCCGGCACCGGGCAAGCAGGGGAUAGACGGGCCGAGCGGCAACGUCCUGCUAACCCACUCAACAGCUGCAACAUGUCCAACAUCUGGACCAUUUAUCACAGCUGGAAGCAUUUAACCACUGGCUGGUACUUCCACAACUGGAUGGUAGUUUAACAGCUGGAUGGUCCUUUCCACAGCUGGAUGGUCCUUUAACAGCUGGAUGGUAGUUUAACAGCUGGAUGGUACUUCCACAGCUGGAUGGAAUUUGACUGCUGGACACUAUUUAACAUCCAGAUUAUACUUUAACUGCUGAAUGCUAUUUCAACAUCUGGAUGGUACUUUAACAGCAGCUUGGUACUUUUAACAGCUGGAUGGAAUUUGACUGCUGGACAGUAUUUAACAGCUGGACACUAUUUAGCAGCUAGGCAGUAUUUAAAAGCUGAGUGGAAUUUUAACAGCUGGAUGGAGUUUGACAGCUGGACAGCGUUUAACAGCUGCAUAUUUUGGCAGCUUGGAGCUGAGCUGUAUUUAACAGCUGGAAUGGUAUCUAACAGCUGGCCGGCCGAUGUUUACCAACUGGAUGGUAUUUGUCCGUGAGUGAGUGGGCUGUGAUCCACUGGGUCGGGAGAUGGAGUGGACUGGUGGACUGACCCUUACCCAGACCACAGCUCAGCGGGAGGUCAGUCCGUCUGUGUGAUGCCCCUCGUUGAAGUGAA